ACCGCGUCGUCGGCAUUCUCGCCAGGGAUUUCCAGGAGCGCGAGCAAAUCCAUCGCAAUCCAUCACUCAUCGCACCAUUGCUUUUCUUUCCAGAGACUUCCUGUCACUCCUGACCUAAAGUAUGGGCGGAUCGAUCAGCGCGAGCCGGCGCGAGCUCCCCGACGGCGAUGUGGUGGAGAAGCGGCUCGUCAAGGCGCUGCAGCAGCGCGCCGCGGCCGCCAAGAGCAGCGUCAAAUCCUUCGACGCCAUUCUCAUGAAAUUUUCCAAGAUCGACAUGGCCUUCGACCAAGUCCGUGACGUUUUCAAGCGAUUUGACAAGCACAAGAGAGGGACGAUCGACCUCGAGCAGCUCAAGGCGUGUUUUCGAGAGCUCAAGGUUGAAUUCACCGAAGAAGAGGUCCAGAUGUUCUACGAGGAGGGCGAUGUGGAUCACAACCGGCGCAUCAGUUUCAAGGAAUUCAUCGUUGUUCUUGCGCUAGCUUAUCUCCUGGGCGAGCCUCUCAAUUCCGAUGGUAAAUCGAGGAUUGGAUUGCCGGACUUGGAGUGGAGCUUCGAGACGAUCGAGGACGCGUUCGUCUUCUUUGACAAGAAUGGCGAUGGCUACGUCACAAAGGAAGAGAUGAUCGAGUCCAUCCACGAGUCCUCACACGCGACUAAUACGCAACAGGAUAGCAUAGGCGUCGAGAGAUUUGAGGAAAUGGAUUGGGAUAGAGAUGGUAGAGUCACAUUCAAGGAGUUCCUCCUAGCAUUCACUGGCUGGGUUGGGAUCGAAGACGAUGAAGAUCAAGAGGAUUAAAACCAAGAAUGGAGCAAACAAGAACUAUACAUAAGUUAUCGUCAAGUUCUAGCUGAGUGGAGCAAGAUCCGGAACCAUAGCCACAGUAACAACGAAGAACUCACAGCCGAUGCCAAGGCCAUAAGGAUUGUAGCGAGGCCUUGAUGCUGCUGCUCCUCCGCCUCCUGGAGGAGGAGCUGCCGAUGGUUCUCCAGUACUUGGCGAUGGAACGCGCCUGGCAACGUUCCGGUUGAUGUGAACAAUCUGUCCGACGAUGUACUGCUGGCCGCUCGGCAAAUUCUCCAGGAACAGCGCGAUCGACUCGUCGGACAAGUAGUAAUUCGGGCAGUUCCUGUUGAGAGCUUCCCAGUGGCCGGCCGAGUUUGGCAUGAACACGGCAAGCUCGUGAACUUCAAAGUGAGUGAAGCAGAUCUUUUCCUUCCUCGCCUGUAAAAAGUGUUCGAUUGAAAAGAAAGACAAGUUUUAAUAGUA